AUGGCGGACUCAACCCCAACUACAUGUUUCAAUAUCCUGCAGCUGGCUGCAGCAGCAACAGAAACAGUACCAGAUUCUACUUCAUCUUCUUCUGCCCCUGCUGCGAUAUCAUCGCCGUCGGCGCAGGUGGGACUGGCAACGUUUCCAGACGAGCUCAUCCUCUAUAUUUUAAAAUUCCUGGAUGUUCCCGAGCUCUACGUGUUAGCGAGAACUUCCCGCCACCUCAGGGCACUCUCCACGGACCCUCUCCUGCAUCUCACACGUCUCAAGACAGCAAAGCAGACACUAAACAUCUCGCUUUCUCACAGACCCUCUUUGGACGACGUCCAGAGGAGUGGCCGAAUCUACUUGACUUGUCGACAGGUGGCUCAAAGAUCUCUCGCUCGUUCAUUGACCCUUAUCCGCUUGAAGCGUAAGUUGUCUAAUAGGCCAUCAAUACCGUCCCUAAUCGAGCGCGGUGUUCUUCCCGCACCAAUUUCACCGGUGCUUCUGGGUACCGUAAAAGAGUUGGAGAAGGAGAGAGUAAAGGAUAUGCUGAGGGGUUGGGUUGGUAAUAAAAGACCCUCUUUGGCGGAUGCUGAGCGAGUAGGUUGGAUCGAAAAGGCAUAUCUAGAACAUGAAAGGCCAAAGGUGAGAGAAAUGGCCACGAGGUUCACAAAACGAUGUAUCGGUGGAAGUCAAAGGCAGAAUUCACGCUGGGGUAAAGGUGGAGUUCCAAGAAAUAACCCGCCCAGGGCGCAUGUCUUGGGAUUGAGAACCUAUUACGAGAGAUUGACAAGUGCAGUCUGA